AUAACUUAAUGCUAAACUUUUUUGUUUUUCAGCUCCAAAAUCUGGGCAUCAACCCAGCAAACAUUGGGUUCAGCACUCUGACGAUGGAGUCAGACAAAUUCAUCUGCAUAAGAGAGAAAGUAGGAGAACAGGCUCAAGUGGUGAUCAUUGACAUGAAUGACCCCAGCAACCCAAUUCGAAGACCAAUUUCAGCUGACAGUGCUAUCAUGAACCCUGCCAGUAAAGUCAUUGCAUUAAAAGCUGGAAAAACACUUCAAAUAUUUAACAUUGAAAUGAAGAGCAAAAUGAAGGCUCAUACAAUGACAGAUGACGUCACCUUCUGGAAGUGGAUCUCUCUGAAUACUGUUGCCCUUGUAACGGAUAAUGCAGUUUACCAUUGGAGUAUGGAGGGGGAGUCCCAGCCUGUGAAAAUGUUUGAUCGCCACUCUAGUCUUGCUGGCUGCCAGAUCAUCAACUACCGUACUGAUGCGAAGCAGAAAUGGCUACUGCUAACUGGAAUAUCUGCACAGCAAAACCGUGUUGUGGGAGCAAUGCAGCUCUAUUCUGUAGACAGAAAAGUUUCACAGCCGAUCGAGGGGCAUGCAGCUAGCUUUGCACAGUUCAAGAUGGAAGGAAAUGCUGAAGAAUCCACUCUCUUCUGUUUUGCAGUAAGAGGGCAAGCUGGGGGUAAGUUGCACAUCAUCGAGGUUGGCACACCACCAACUGGGAAUCAGCCAUUUCCAAAGAAAGCAGUGGAUGUCUUCUUUCCUCCUGAAGCACAGAAUGACUUUCCUGUUGCGAUGCAGAUCAGUGACAAGCAUGAUGUGGUGUUUCUGAUAACAAAAUAUGGCUAUAUUCACUUGUAUGACCUGGAAACUGGCACCUGUAUUUACAUGAACAGAAUCAGUGGAGAGACCAUAUUUGUUACUGCACAGCAUGAAGCAACUGCUGGAAUUAUCGGAGUAAACAGGAAGGGACAAGUGUUAUCAGUCUGUGUGGAAGAAGAGAAUAUUAUUCCCUACAUUACAAACGUGCUGCAGAAUCCUGACCUAGCCUUACGAAUGGCUGUCCGCAACAACCUGGCCGGAGCUGAGGAACUUUUUGCCAGAAAAUUCAAUGCAUUGUUUGCACAAGGGAACUAUUCAGAGGCAGCAAAAGUGGCAGCUAAUGCCCCAAAGGGAAUUCUGCGUACUCCAGACACCAUACGCCGUUUCCAGAGUGUUCCAGCACAACCAGGACAGACUUCCCCUUUACUCCAGUAUUUUGGUAUUCUGCUUGACCAAGGGCAACUGAAUAAGUACGAGUCUCUGGAACUUUGCAGGCCGGUGCUUCAGCAGGGACGCAAGCAACUUCUGGAAAAAUGGUUGAAGGAAGAUAAGGUAUUUUGGGGAUGGAUACUUUUGGAGACUCGAAGGGAUGUAACUGCCUAAA